AUGUGUAGUAAUUUCCGCCGUGGCAGACUAGGGUUACUCCCAAGCUGGAGGCGUAUUGAGGGAGCGUCAAUGACCCAGCUGCAUUUUCUUGGGAAUAUUACUCCAUUUGUCAUCAGAUGUUUUUCAUCGUCCAAACAGCGUUCUUUUACAGUUUCUUACCUCAUAAACUCAUGUGGGUUGUCCCCAGAAACGGCCAUUUCUACAUCCAAGAAGGUACAAUUUGAAAACCCUAAAAACCCAGACUCUGUUCUUGCCCUUCUCAGAAACCAUGGAUGCACCGAUACCCAUAUCUCCAAAAUUGUAGCCAAGCUUCCUCUACUGCUCUUAGCCAAUCCUGUGAAGACCCUUUUGCCCAAACUCCAGUUUCUUGGUUCUGCAGGCCUCUCCCAUGUGGAUCUCGCAAAGAUUCUCGCUUCAACCCCAAAUAUUUUGUGUAGGAGCUUGGAAAAGAAUUUAAUUCCUACUUAUAAUCUCUUCAAGGGUGUGGUCAUCGGUGACGAAAAUGCAGCAAAGGCUCUCGUAAGGCAUUGCUGGAUUCCUUGUGAAAAUUUGGAGAAGACCAUUCCUCCUAAUGCCACGCUUCUGAGGGAAAUUGGAGUUCCUAUGGCGUAUAUCUCAUUCUUAGCAACCUUUUUUACUAUACUGGCCCAAAAGAGUGAUAAGUUCAGCAAUGAUGUCAAUAAAAUUAUGGAAAUGGGAUUUGAACCUCAGAAACUGAUCUUCGUGAAUGCACUCCAGAUGUUUUUUCAAAUGUCUGAAUCAACUUGGAAACAGAAGAUGAAGGCCUAUAGGAGGUGCGGGCUGUCCGAGGAUGAGAUUAUGUUGGCCUUCAGAAAUCAUCCCUUAUGUUUCCAAUUGUCUGAAAAGAAAAUCAUGAGCACCGUGGAUUAUCUUGUGAACAUGGGUUGGCAGCCUGCAGCCAUUGCCAGGGUCCCAGUAGCCCUCUUUUUCAAUUUGGAAAGGAGGAUUGUUCCAAGGUGUUCAGUGGUGAAAGUUCUGUUAUUGAAGGGGUUGGUAAAGAAGGAUUUGUGUUUAGGCACUUUUCUGAAGCUCACUGAGAGGGCUUUCAUGGAUAGGUUCAUCAUCAAAUAUGAGAAGGAUGUGCCUCAGUUGUUAGAUGUAUAUCAUGGAAAAGUGGGCAUUCAGGAGCUUGGCCUUGUAACCGAUUGA